AUGGCCCUGAAGGGUGUAAAGACUCCACAAAAAGGUUCAAGUACUGUAUACAGUUUGGAUACAAUGUCUAGAGGGAAGAAGUCUGUUUCUGUAGACUUAAAACAGCCUGAAGGAGUCAAUUUAGUGAGAAAACUGUGCUCCAGGGCUGAUGUUGUUAUUGAACCAUCUAGAAAAGUAUCUCAUUGUGUACCAGACAAGCUUCUGGCUGACAAUUCUCAGCUUAUCUACGCUAGACUGACUGGUUUUGGACAGAAGGGACCACUCUCUAUGAAGGCAGGCCAUGAUAUUAAUUAUAUAGCUAUAUCAGGAGUGCUGUCACAGCUUGGCAGGAAACACGAGAACCCAUACCCACCAAUCAACCUGCUGGCGGACUUUGCCGGUGGAGGACUGAUGUGUGCACUGGGUAUGGCCAUGGCAUUGUAUGAAAGAACAAAUUCAGGUGAAGGUCAGGUCAUAGAUGCUAAUAUGGUGAACGACUCAGCUUAUAUGUGUUUAGGAUUGUCUGAAGAUGAGAUGCCACAGUUUACAGAGUCCGCCAUAAUGGAGGAAAGAUUCAAAGAAAUUUUCCUGACAAAAACACGAGAUGAAUGGACACAAGUUUUUGAAAAUUUAGAUGCAUGCUAUGCCCCUAUACUCGAGAUGGACGAGGCUCAGGCACAUGACCAUAAUAAAGAGACUGAAAUAUUUCUGACAAAUGCCCAAGGAAAAACUGAACCUGCACCGGCGCCGAAAUUAUCCCGAACACCUGGUGUUCGAACACUUGAGAACCGACCUUUGGUUGGAGAACACACAGAGUCUGUGUUAACAGAGAACGGUAUAAGUAAACAGGACUUGGAACAUUUGUUAAAAGCAGGCGUUGUGUUUCAAAAUGCAAAUUCUGCUUCAAAACUGUGAUAAUAUCAGAGAUUAUAACACUGCAAGUUUGUAACUUGUAACUUUGAUUUUCAUUAGGUAAUUGUGAUAUUUUAAUCUACAAAACAUGGCUUUUGUAAAAGUAUGAAUAAAUUUUGCAUUUUUUUUCCCCAUACUGUGCUGUGAAAAAAAACAUAUUAUAAUAUAUUUUGACAGGUUAUAUA